GCCACCACCUUCUCUUCCUUCUGUUUACCCACAUUUCUAAUCAAUCCGUGGCGUCAUCAGGGGGGACCAUCCUGAAGACUGGCCUGUGAGGAAUGACAGCUCUGUAGAAGGGGAGAGAGAAAGAGAGAGAGAGGGUAAAUGGUGAUCCCUCCCAGAGCUCCAUCUCCACACUCUGCCGCGCUCUUCUCUGAGGGUCACACCGGAUUGCGUCCCCUCUUUCCCAGCAGCCUUUCCAAGCGCUUUCAACCCCACCCCUCCCACCGCCGCCGACUCCGAGCUGAGAACCUCCGGCUCACAUUCCUGGCAGCUCACGCUCUCCCGCGAAGUCGACGCUUUUCAGAACAGCGACGGGUGAUGGAAGGCAGAGAGGAGGUGGUGAUGGUGAGAUCGGCGGAGGGAGUCACUGGGAUCCCAGCUCGGGAACCGCAGGGGAAACCGGGCCACAGGAGCUGCCUGAGCCCCGGCGCUGCGCCGUACUCGCGGGAGAGGACCACGGAGCUUGCGCCGGAGGAGAGCGCACGGAGGAGCAUGUGCGCCGACACCAGGUCGGUCACCGUAUCUUCCUCCGGGGUACGGCAUCACAAAGAUGGCAGCAGCUCGGACAAUGAGUCGGACUUCUAUGAGGAAAUUGAUGUGAGCUGCACCCCUGACAGCAUGGACUACCCAACGUCUAAAGGUCGCAACGGAGAAUCUCCGGGUCAUUCUCCGGGUGAGAGCGGCGCCGACCCGGGUAAGACAAUCCCUGGUCAGGGUUCUCUGUCCUACGGAGCGGACCAAAUCCGCCGGUACCGAACAGCGUUCACCCGGGAGCAAAUCGCCCGACUGGAGAAGGAGUUCUAUCGGGAAAACUACGUGUCCAGGCCGAGAAGAUGCGAGCUCGCGGCUGCUCUAAAUCUACCUGAAACCACAAUCAAAGUGUGGUUCCAGAACCGCAGAAUGAAAGACAAGCGCCAGCGGUUGGCCAUGACGUGGCCUCACCCCGCCGACCCGGCCUUCUACACCUACAUGAUGAGCCACGCCGCGGCCACUGGGAACCUGCCCUACCCCUUCCCGUCCCACCUGCCGCUGCCCUACUAUUCUCCCCUGAGUGUUGGUGUCGGCGGCGCCCCGGCCCCUGGUGCCACACCUUUUUCGACCCCGCUGCGCUCUCUGGACAGCUUCCGGGUGUUGUCUCACCCUUACCAGAGGCCAGAGCUUCUGUGCGCCUUUAGGCACCCUUCCGUUUACCCGUCAGGCCCGGCCCAUGGCCUCGGCCCGGGUGGGAGUCCCUGUUCCUGCCUGGCCUGUCACACUAGUCACUCCAACGGGAUCGCUAGCAGGCCAUCCGGUUCGGACUUUACCUGCUCCCCAACCAGCAGGACAGACUCUUUUGUCACUUUUACGCCUUCAGUGCUCAGCAAAUCUUCAUCUGUUACACUAGACCAGAGGGAAGAGGUGCCUCUGACCAGAUGAAACCAAAACCAAAACCAACUCUCCCCGCUUGUGUAAGCGUAAACCUCUGCAUUAUUGGACCGGGACUAAAACAGCAUGAAUAAAUCGGAGAGGAAAACAACACUUCCGACGUUCGAGAAAGCGCUCAAAGAAUCUGGCCUGACUGUAACUUAAUUCUACUUGAGAGCCAGGACAUCAAAACAGGGAUACCAGAUAUGAUUUUUAGAAGACUUAUUUGAGGGCGGGCAAAUCCAAUUGGAUGGAUGUCAUUAAGGUUUUCUCUCAUUGUUAUUGCUUGUCGCCUCUUUAGGCAUCUAAAUCGAUCUACGCGUGUAAUUAGUUACGCGAGAAUGAUGCUUCCCAUUUCUCUUUUUUUUAACAAGGGGAUAUAUAUUUUAUUUUUUUCCCCCAUAAGGCAGACUAUGACCGCCUCAUUAAAAGCCACUCUCCACAUCGGGGUCCUAGAAGAGGCGGAGGCAGCGGCGCGGGCCGAAAUGUGCACAUGCAAGUAAAAUUAGUAAGUGAUGUAUAUGUACGAGCCGGCACAUUUUGAGCGCUGAAUUAAUGGUAAUACCAGCAGGAAGGGAUCGUUGCUGACAAAAGGUAUAACAAGGCGCCGAGGGAACGGAUUAGACUGCACAUCCCGCGCGACUUGAUGCGGGAGAUGGAUUGGGGAGGGGGGCGGAGGGGGGCCCAAAGGAGGAUGGAGAGGGGACAAUCGAAAGGAGGAGAAAAUGGAAGAACAUCUUCCUUUUUUUUUGAGCUCCUCUUUUGGUGUGUUUUUUUUUUUUAAAUACAGAUAUAUAUAUUUUUUUUUUAAUACGAUUAAACACAAUUAAGUUGUACGUUUUGUCAACACUUUCAUUAGCGCCUCAUGAAGGAAAGCGGACUGCCUGACCAAACUUUGGCAUUUUUGUUGAAAAAGUUAAAGGUGAAAGGACCUACUCUGAAGCUUCAAUGUCACUGGGAAGUGAGAGUGAAAAGACUUUGAAAGUUCUUAUUUGGAUUAAAUUCGGACGCGAUCUGUGUUCUAAAAAAACUAAAGAGUUAGAUUUAAGAUUUAUUAUUAAUAAUAAUAUUAUUAUUAUUAUUGAUAAACGCAAUGACUGACCAACCAUAGAUAGCCAUACAAAUCCAUAGAUCUCCAUCGUUUUUUUUGGGGGGGGGAGUAUGUUUUGUUCUGUUUUGCUCUAUGUUUGCAUCAUUCGUUUUUGUGUCGUUAUUACUGUUGUUGUUAUUAUUAUUAUUAUUAUUUGUGAUUGUUUGCUCAUGUUUUUUCAGACUGCGUUGUCCAUAAUGUCUUAUUUGCAAUAAAUUAAGUCAAUGAAAUUAA